ACCUCCACGUUUCUACCUCCAUCCUUAUCUUCUGCUUUCGCGGGCCGCACGGUUUUCUUCUCUUGUGCUACGCUGCUACUGUAUUGAGCUUGUGAUUCCUCAAUCUCCCUUCAACUGAAUCGUAGAAUUGAGAGCGUUGUAUUGGAAUUCCCCUAACUGACAAAGGAUUGCUCUAGUGUGUUUGGUGAUCGGAAACGUCUUCCUAGUUGGAAAUAUUGUUGUGGAGAUGAUUACAUAUGAGCAAGAUUCAGAUGUUGCUCAAUGGGGUCGUCAUCUUUUUGAUAUUGACCCAAUUUGCAGUUCUGGGUGUAUUAAUGACACCAUGCAGCAUGAUGCUGACACCUAUCAUGAACAAUAUUUUAUAGAUCAUAACAAUUCAGAAUCUACUAAUGUAGAGAACGAUGAGAUUAUUGCAAAUACCCUUCAGGAAGACUUUGCACAACUGGCAGUUAUAGAAGCAUCUGCAUCUUCUCCCACAGGAGAAGAACCUGUGCAACUACCCAUUUUUGCACAAGAUUGGCCAAGUCCUUCAAUGUUGAACUAUCAUCCUGGCCAUGGUGAUGUCCAGGAAGAGGCUGAUGAUAUGGAGAUGCCCUUUAGUUCAUGUUCCAGUCCAGGAGAAACAUCAUAUGAUGGAGAGGAGUAUUCAUAUCCCAUGGAAUUAAGUGAUGAAUAUGUACUUGAUGGUGAAGUAGGCAAGAUACUAAACCAAACCGUUCCUGUGCCUCAUGUGCCAAGGAUCAAUGGGGAAAUACCUUCAAUUGAUGAAGCUACAUCAGAUCAUCAAAGGCUGUUAGACAGAUUGCAGUCAUAUGGAUUGGUUGAGCUCAAGGUUCAAGGGGAUGGUAACUGUCAGUUCCGUGCUAUGUCAGAUCAAUUCUAUCGUACCCCUGAGCACCACAAAUUUGUGAGGAGACAAAUUGUAAAACAGCUUAAGUCUCAUCCAGAAAUUUACGAAGGGUAUGUUCCCAUGGCAUAUGGUGACUAUCUGAAGAGGAUAUCCAAGAGCGGUGAGUGGGGUGAUCAUGUUACAUUGCAGGCAGCUGCAGAUUCGUAUGGUGUGAAGAUUGUUGUAAUAACUUCCUUUAAGGAUACCUUUUGCAUCGAGAUCCUUCCUUAUGAUCAGAAGUCAAAACGAGUCAUUUACUUGAGCUUUUGGGCAGAAGUGCACUACAACUCGAUUUAUCCUCAAGGAGAUAGACUUCCAAGUGAGUUGAAGAAGAAGAAAAGAUGGUGGAUUUUUGGAAAUAAAUAGCUAUAAAGACUGCUGGGCAUGGCAGUCACUUCCCAAUGCGGCCUCAGCUGUCAUUCGAACCAUGAACGAACUUUCAUUCUCAUAUUUAUGCCGUCUGUGUUUGGUAGAUCGUCGAGUUGUAUGAAGGUUCUAAAAAUUCCUCUGGUUCGGAUGCUCCAUGAACAUGCAGCAGUUUUGCAGGGGAAAAAACAAGGAACCGGUUAAGUUUGAGGACGAGGACGUUGGUCGCAUCGAGUCCCAUCAUGCAUGCUUCAAGGAGAUUUGCACCAUGCAACGACGAAUCAAUGGCAACCUUGUGCCGCACUUCUGAUGAGACAUAAUGGUCUCUAUGAAUAAAAUAAAAAAAAUACCUAGUGAAAAUUUGCAUAGACGAUUUCAUUUGAAUGGUGGUAAAAAUAACUCGUGGGGGUAAUUUUAUUGUAAUUUAAGCUUUAUUAUUUCUCUUUAUCGCUUAUAGAGUUGUGCUGUGAAUUUUAAAGGUUUUUAUUGUAAUUUUGAUAGAUGAGGUAACAAGGAAUGAUGUAUAGGUCGUUUGUCAAAAUCAUCACAUAAAUAAAGCAAUUAGUCAUUACUUGUAUUUA